CUUGAGAGAAGACGCAAGGACUGGAGAGCUAGGCUCUGGAGCAAGGGUAGAAAACGGACGGCCUUCGCUCCCCUGCAUGCUUGUUCGCUCGCUCGUUCAUCGACUGCUUGAUGCAAAGGCCAUCGUGAUAUACUUGGAGCCGGAUCAAAUCCCUCUAGCCCUUUUCAAGUAGCAGUCUGUCAAGGAGAAUAGGAGCUUUCGGCGAGUUACCCCGUAACUACGGAGUACUUAAGUUAUAACUACUUGAGCGGCGGCCGUCGGCUUUUCUUCCUCUUCUAUUUUCCCUCCCUGGAUCCUCCCCCAGUUCAACUACGAGUCUAUCAUCCGCUUCUCCACACCCCUAACGUCCCCCGAGCCCACCGGAUGGAGAUACACUGGAUCGACUUGGAGCCGCUACAGUGAAAUUCUAGGGAAGACACAGAAACAACUUCAUAGCAUCGAUAAGACGCUGGCUAUUUUAUUUCCCUCAAAGCCAGCUCUGCUCAACUACCUUCGCCAGCCGCGCGCUUCUUUUACCUAUGACCAAUUGGUGCAUUCUCUCUGCGCCGUACCCGUGACGCCAGUUUCCUCCUUCGCCCAAUCCAGCUCAAGGUGGCUUUUUGUUUUUAUAUUUAUACAUACCUGCGUGUGGGUUGGUAAAACAGGGUCUCGCCUCUACCAAUUGUCGGCGUCAAGGGAGAGCAGGUUGACAAGCUUAGGAUCAAGGCCGUUCAAUACCAACGUCAGCUAGCCCGCCAAAUGAGAUCGGUGCCUAUCGACCAUAGUGGAUCGAGGAAUGGCGUUAUGGACGAAGUAGCUACAAAGUCCGAGCCACACCAUACAGUCGAGGGCUCAUGCAGUUCGUCGUUAUCUACGCCUGAGCCCGAAGGAGAAGUUGUUAUUCAGGACCCUGUGCAAAGACAGAAGCGCAAGGGAGGAAGAAAGCCAGUAGGUACUUGGCCUUUCCUGCGAAGAAGGGGCGAGAGGAUAUUGAUACACCGCAGUCUCUCCCCUAUUUUCCGCAAUAUUUCUUGUUACACUAUUGGAAUUGUACGGGCAUAAGAGGCUAACACAAUGGUACCUGGGCGGUGUGCUCUUUGCACUCUGCCUUUUGGUUGUGCCCACUGCUUCAGAUUUAUGCUACUUCUGAAGAACGAAAACAGCGGAACAGACAGGCCCAGGCGGCCUUUCGCGAGAGAAGGACCGAAUAUAUAAAACAGCUAGAGACCACAAUAAAGCAUAACGAGGAAACGUUACAUAGCUUACAACAAAGCCACCGCAACGCUGCGGACGAAUGCCUUAUGCUGCGGUAUAAGAACUCGUUAUUGGAAAGGAUUCUGCUGGAGAAAGGUAACCAACCCUUAAGCCUACACGGUAUUGCAUGUUUCCUGAACAAGAGUCGAAUGCUGAUGUACAUAGGCGUCGACGUACAGACUGAGCUACGUCUCAGGGGUGGUAGCCCGAAUCUACCCCCUAACAGGCUGCCAACCAGCCAGCCAUCUCACGGCUCAUCUUUAGCACAGACUUCCCCAGGGCCAGCCACACAUAUCCCGAAGUUAGAGCCUAUUUCUGUGUCACAAGUACAUCAUGAGGGAAGCUACAUUAUGCAGUCACCGCAGCACCAGGCCUCUCCGUCCUCUCAUGUGUCUUCUCCAGUGGCAACAAAGUCGACAGCUUUUGGUUUGCAGGGAACGGUCUCUCCCACUGCCGCCGACAUACAGCACCAGCAGCAGUACAAGCCUCACCCGUACCAUCGAGCUCAACUUUCCCCCCAGGCAAGUGGUUUUAGACCGGGAAUUACCUCUGCUGCUACCAAAAGCAUUGAGCCAACCCCUAUCCUACCGUCACGGAUACCACCUACCUACUACCUCUCCCCUUUUCAAAAGCAAUAUAACCAGCUAGAACAGGAAUAUGACGCUCGUUCAAGCUCCGUGGACGGACCUGAUCCGCCAGAGGGCAGCACUGCAGCAGACUACCAGUCUCAGUCUCUGCCACGUAUACAGCAACGGCAUCACCCGAUAUCAACCAGCAGCGAUGCUGAAGGUAUGACGGCUAGCACGUCGUAUAUUGAACAAUUCGACCCCAUGAUGGAUCCCGACCCAUUCGGCUUGUCCGCCAGCAUGCACUUCCCCACACCCUUUACCUAUACUCAGAGCCACGGCCGACAGUAAGGUAAAGGAAGGGGGAUAAGAAAUCUCUUGCAUCUAUAUAUCGUUCUGACGUGACUGGUUAUGCAACAUCUUUGACCAUGCCGGACCAAUCUGGCCAGGCCAAAAUGGGCCUACGUUGGUACGACGUAUUGGAGCUAUUUUAUGGAGUAUAUCGUUAGCUACUCGGGACCUGCUACUUUGCAGGUGGAGGAAGGGAUCUACAGUCAGCUCAAGGAGGGAGUCUGCUGCAUUUUCGAGGCGUUAAGCUUGUUUGUUUGCUUUUUCUUGUCGUUUGUCUGCUGGAGGAAGGGAAGAGGAGGAUAAAAUAAAACGACUUCUUUCGAUACCCACUUUAUGUAUGGACAAUGCUCAUCAUUAUCAUCAGUACUGUAUAUCUUGCCUGGCUGCGUAUCUCUGUCUGUAUCUCUGUGUGUAUCUCUGUCAUUGUCUUAUGGUCUCUAUCGACGUCCUCCCUCU